AUGCAGUUUUUGGAGACUGUGUCGGUGGGAGAUAUUCCGUAUUCAUGCACCAUUGGCACAUCUAUUAUUAUUCAACCGUUGAAGUCACUUCGAGAGCCCAGCGAUCUUUCGAUGUCAGAUUUGCAAGAUUACCUGCUUCUGGGGCUUCAGCUUUCAUAUUUGCCUCACUUCUGCCAGCGCCAAUGCGAAAUGAAAGGGCAAUAUUACUACGAUAUAGAUUUCACUGCGACUGCCUUUCAAUGCAAGAAGCCAUGGCACGAACAUAUUCCCAACACUUCAGAGAAAAAUUGGCUUUGGAAGUUUAUAACCAAUGAUUUAUUCCUUCCCUUUAUUAGGGGAUUACUUUCUCCCAAAACCUUAAAAUUCCGAGGACUUCAGAAAGAACUUGGUAAUUGCGGACUUUACUAUCCCUGCAACACCUCGAUGAUUGGUAAGGCUUUCUUCACUUACAUGUCUCCUCUUCUAAUGUUAUUUAUGUCUCUCACUUAUACUGGUCCUUCCUAUGUACCAUAA